AUGGCAGACAAUAUGGCGGAGGAUUACUCCUACGAUUACGAGUACCUCUUUAAAAUCGUUUUGAUCGGAGAUUCAAGCGUUGGAAAAUCCAAUCUGCUGUCCAGAUUCACGAGAGAUGAGUUCAAUCUCGAGUCACGGGCCACUAUUGGAGUGGAAUUCGCUACAAGAACUAUAGAUAUCGAUGGUAAGAGGGUCAAAGCACAGAUCUGGGAUACCGCUGGUCAAGAGCGUUAUCGCGCAAUCACGGCGGCUUACUACCGUGGAGCAGUUGGUGCUUUGGUGGUUUACGAUAUCUCCAACAGCGAGAGUUACGAGAGCGUCAGCAGAUGGCUGAGAGAGAUGAAGGACCACGCGGAUGCAAAUAUAAUCAUAGAGCUGGUUGGCAAUAAAUCGGAUCUGGACCAUCUCCGGGCUGUUCCUACCGAAGAGGCAAAGAACUUUGCAACUGAAAACAGACUAUUGUUCACCGAGACUUCUGCUUUGAAUGCCGAGAACGUCGAGCUUUCCUUCCACCAACUGCUGAAGUCUAUCUAUGAGAUGGUGUCGAAGCACAGAUUCGAUAUGGACGAUUAUGGAGCUCAAAAGCAAUCCACUUCCGGACCCACGAUCACACUCACACCCACACCAAAAGACCAGAAAGUUUCGAACGGUUCGAAUUGUUGUUAG